GGUGGACAAUGUCAGUGACAUCUGGGUCUAUGUCUUCGUGGUCUAUCGUUGUGUGGUGGGGUUCGCCAUUCUGAACGUGGUUAACGCCGUUUUCAUCCAGCAGACCAUGCGCGUGGCACAAGCAGAUCAAGAACUGAUCAUCAAACAGCGGAUCAGGGCCGAAUCAGCUUAUGCCUCCAAGAUGCGUCAAUUUUUCGAAAAGUUGGACAAGAAUCAUUCGGGCUUCCUCACCUGGCAGGACUUCAAUGCGGCCUUGCAGCAACCGGAGCUACGUAGCUGGAUGGCCACUUUGGAUCUGGAAACCUACGAUUUGGUGAACCUCUUCCACUUGAUGGAUGAUGGCGAUGGCCGCAUCACGGUGGCCGAAUUCCUGGAGGGCGCCAUUCGGCUACGGGGCCUGGCCAAGAGCGUGGACUUGGCGCAGGUGCUGAACACCACGCGUCGCCUGGAUGCCAAAAUGGAGGCUCUCUAUAUGGUCCUGAAGGACAUGCCCGGGCAGAUGCAAAAGCUGGAUCGCUAUCGGGCCACGGCGGUCACCCGGAGUUCUCGGGCGGUGACGCGUCGCUUGUCCUACUGCCUCAGGGAAGAGCAGCAGCAGGAAACUGUACCGGGCAUCACAGCAUCGCUGAAAUUCUUCAGGAAUCCCUUGGCGACCGGAAAAGUGGAGGAGAAUGAUGGGACCUCGAGCAAAGGAGAGAGCAGCGUCUCCACCAGGUAAGCCGCGCCUUCGGAAGCAUAGGAAACCGCCUUGUUUUCUGAUCCAUUGAUCAUGACGGGGACAGAAGAUGGAUCUGUCUCCUGCUGUAGCUGUCAAGAUCAGCACGUUUGCGGAGAUGUACCAAGUUUUUCCAAGCCACAUC